AUGCAACACUCUCAGCUAGAUCCUUUACCAAGUGAUCUACCGUUCAGGGUGGUGUCCAAGACCAUCGGUAGAGGGGCCUAUGCAUCGAUCCGGAAGGCCAUUCCCCUAGACGCUCACACACCAGUCUUUGCAGUCAAGUUCAUACACAAGGGUUAUGCUAUCAAGAAUGGCAGGAUAUCAGCAAAGCAGAUCUCCAUGGAGGUUUCCCUCCACUCGCACAUUGGCCAGCAUCCCAACGUCAUCGAGUGGUUUGCUACUGGCGAGGAUGCCAUCUGGAGAUGGAUAGCCAUGGAGUUCGCCGAGGGAGGAGACCUGUUUGACAAGAUCGAGGCGGAUAAGGGCGUGGCCGAGGAUAUCGCCCAUCUAUACUUCUUGCAGCUCAUCAGUGGCGUCAGUUUCAUGCACUCCAAAGGCGUCGCGCACCGAGACCUGAAGCCGGAGAACAUACUGCUCAACGACACUGGUAAUCUGAAGAUUGCAGACUUCGGGAUGGCGACCCUCUUCCAGUACAAGGGGCAAGUGAAGAUGAGCUCUACCAUGUGUGGCAGCCCACCCUACAUCGCCCCUGAAGUGCUUCGCUGCGCGACAGGAGACAAGUCCAUGAAAUACAGGGCAGAUCUGGUGGAUAUAUGGUCAUGCGGGGUCAUCUUGUUCGUCCUGCUGGUCGGAAAUACACCAUGGGAGGAGCCUACAGAAAAGAAAUGGGAAUGGCGCGAGUAUCUUCGGACCAACGGCCGGAGCACCGACGAGUUAUGGGACGGGGUACCUCCAGAGGCGCUGUCUCUGCUGCGAGGCAUGAUGAAUGUCGACGUGGACAAGCGCUUUUCGUUCGCGCAGAUACGCCAGCAUCCAUGGUACACACGUCACAACCCGCUCCUCACCUCUGAUGGAAAGAUCCUAGACCCCAUACAGCUCGCCACCCAGAUGCUGGCCAGCCUUCGCAUCGAUCUCACACAAGAGCCUUCACCCUCUCAGCGGUCCGACGUAAUGGACCUCGACUCGCAGCCGACAGCCGCAAGUUUCCCCUCUAGGAUCUCUGCCACUCAGCCCGUGAACCCGAUCAGCGAUGUCGCCUUCGACUGGGAGCGGCCCUCCAUGAGAUCGAUUGGCGCGAUUGCGUCCACCCAGCCCGUCGCAGGCAUCGACCUCUCCACCGCCGGACGGCCCAUCCACGCGCUGGACGCCCUCGCCGACGAGCCCACCAUGAGCCAGUUCUCGCAGGCGCCCGGUGUACCCCUCAGCCUGACGCAGCAUGCAAGACGAUUUAGGGACAUCGUGCCGUCGUACAGCCUGACGCGCUUCUACUCCCACGUCCCGCCGCAGCUGUUGGUGCAGAUGCUCAGCGAUGCUCUGCACCAGCUGAACGUUCCCCUCCAGCCGCCUGCCGUCAAGCUCGAUGCGGACCACAUCAGCACGCUGCGGGUCAAGACCGCAGAUGGGCGGGGCCAGAGCCUUCAUGGGGAGAUCAUGGUGGACAAGUACGUCCUUCCGGAUGGAUCUGCCGAGGUGCUCGAGGUGCGGUUCGUCAAGAUCAAGGGAGACCCGCUGGAGUGGCGGCGGUUCUUCAAGAAGGUGGCUCUAUUGUGCAAAGAUGGCAUCUACAAGGAUGUGUAAAGUAAGCAUCACACUUUCGGCGGGACAGCAUGGGGAGAUUUCGUAGCUGCCCAGUGUUGGAAAGGUAGGGAGGAAGAUAGAGAGAGGCAGAGUUGCAUCAGAAUGCAUUCAUGAUUUGAUGCGCAGCAUGAUUAGAUGGGAUAUUAGAUUACUUGGACUUUAGACAAUAAUUGCAUGAUGUAAUCAUGGC